AUGUUGGGCACCUCGAUAGCUCCUCAACCUGUAGUGGUAGGAUCGGCGCCAUCACCUGUAGUGAGCGCUAUUGCUCCACAGAUUGUUCCGGCACCAGCUUCUCCACCAAUGAUGGUGCAGGCGAUGCCGUUGCAACAAGCAUAUCCGUAUCAACAGUAUCAACAGUAUCCUUAUGGUUAUGGAUAUUCUGAAUACACGCAGAAGCGGGAAAAUCCUUUAAAACGAUUUUUUAAAGGAGCAGCUGAUGGCUUUAUGCUUGGCACAGUGGGAUGGAUGGGAUAA